CGUCUUCAGCACUUCAGCAACCAUGGGCCUGCCAAACCUGCGAUCCAUCUUUGCCUCGUCGCGCACGUCCGAGGAGGAGCGCCAGCUCUCGCGCGCUACAUUCUACAAGUUCACGGCAUUCGUCGCGUCCUGCCUCGUCAUCACGCUCCUCGCGGCCAAGAGCAGCAGGGACUUUGUGCCCAAGGCCGCGAGGAGCGUCAUCAGCGCCGGCGGCGGCGGCGGCGACACCUUUUACCAAAUAGACGCCCCCGUUACACUUGCAUCGCAACACAAAAUGUCUUCUCUGGCCACCGCCCGUCUCACUGAGGAGCGUAAGCAAUGGAGGAAGGACCACCCCUUCGGCUUCUACGCGCGUCCGCAGAAGAAGGAGGACGGCACGCUCAACAUUAUGGUCUGGGAGGUCGGAAUCCCGGGCAAGGAGGGCACUAACUGGGAGGGCGGCAUCUACGUCGUCAACAUGACCUUCCCCGAUGACUACCCGACCAAGCCUCCCAAGUGCAAGUUCGCGCCGCCCCUUUUCCACCCCAACGUCUACCCCUCGGGCACCAUCUGCCUCUCGAUUCUCGACGAGGAGAAGUCGUGGAAGCCUGCAAUCACGAUCAAGCAGAUCGUCCUGGGUAUCCAGGACCUCCUCGACAACGCCAACAUCGGUGACCCGGCCCAGGUGGACGCGUACCAGAUGUUCAAGAACGACCGCGUCGCCUACGACAAGCGCAUCCGCGCGCAGGCCAUUGAGCGCAGACAGAAGUAGACAAGGUACAGCCCUCUGCGCACCCGCCGCCAACGCCCGCCCACCCGUGCAUUCGUGAUUCCCGGUCUCUGUCGUAUGUCCCCUCACUGCAUUGUCUCGUCAAGAGACUGAACCAGAC